AUGAGAAAAAGCGGCGGGCUUAUGAGGCUCUUACAUGGACUAUUCCGGGGCUCACGUCUGCACCGCCCGCUAAGCCCGAAUCUGCACUUAUCCAGACAUACAGAAAGACAGUUACACGGCUGUCGAAAGAUUUUACCCGCCCACACCCAAAAACAGCACCACAAUCUCGGGACUCAUCUCAUAACUCAUCUGCCUGCAACAUCUCGGCAUCUGAGCAUCUCCCACUUUGCAAAAAUGGCCGACGUGGCCGGGAAGUACGAUACAUGGGAGAAGGACCGUCUCAUCGCGCGCAUCAGACAGCUUGAACAUGAACUGAACAAGCAGCAGCGGGAUGCUGCCGCCGCCGCGGCGACCUCCGGGCCCGAGGCCGGUAAGGCGGAUGGAGGGGCACCCGCCCCGCCACCGGCGAAGAAGCGGAAGAAGAACAAGCAGAUCGACCCCUCGCGGUACUCCACGCGCUUCAUCGCCCUGAAGCUGGCGUACCUGGGAAAGCGGUACGGCGGGUUCGAGUACGCCACCUCGGCGGCUCUGCCUACCAUUGAGGGCGAGCUGUGGAACGCACUUACCAAAGCGUGCCUCAUCUUCCCCGAGGAUCCGGAGGUCGUCAACUUCGACUGCUGUGAGUACUCCAAGUGCGGCCGUACGGACCGCGGUGUCAGUGCUUUCGGGCAGGUUAUCGGGUUGAGGGUGCGCAGCAACAAGCCGCUCCCCAAACCGGAGCCUGUGCCCGCGGCGGAGGGAGAUGUAGAUACCCCGAUGGAGGGAACAGCCGAGCAGGCUGAGGCGCAGGAAGAGGACGAGAAGAAGAAGAAGAGCAAAAAGCAAAAGCCCGAGGUGGAAUGGUCAGACGCAAGGGAGAUCGACUACAUCAAGACCCUCAACCGUCUGCUGCCGGAUGACAUCCGCAUACUGGCGUGGUGCCCGUCCCCGCCGCCGGACUUCUCGGCGCGGUUCUCCUGCGAAGAGAGGCAGUACCGCUACUUCUUCACGCAGCCUGCCUUCGCGCCGACGACAGGUGUAUCUGCGGACGGCCUGAAGGAAGGGUACCUCGACAUCGAGGCGAUGAACGAGGCGGCACAGCGGUUCGUGGGGAACCACGACUUCCGGAACUUCUGCAAAGUAGACGGCAGCAAGCAAAUCACCAACUUUGAACGGCGCAUGUUCGAGGCCGGCGUGGAGGAGGUAAAGGACGUGGGAUCGGCACUGCCGUACCUCGGCGUCAGCGCGGCAGACGGCGGCAAGCUGCCGAAGGUGUACUCCUUCAACAUCCGCGGGACGGCGUUCCUGUGGCACCAGAUCCGGCAUAUCGUGUCGAUCUUGUUCCUCGUGGGCCAGCGCCUCGAGAAGCCCGAGAUCGUGACGGAGCUGCUCGACAUCGAAAAGUCGCCGCGCAAACCCAACUACGACCUCGCGCACGAGACGCCCCUGGUCCUCUGGAACUGCGUGUUCCCCGGUGACCCAGAGAGCCGGACGCAACAAGGCGCGGAGAACGCGCUGAAGUGGGUGCACGGCGAGGCUGACAUCGUCGAAAAUCUGUGGACGUAUUACCGCGACAAGAAGAUGGACGAGCUGCUGGCUAACCGGCUGCUCGAUUUGGUGUCCGGGCAGGUGCAGGGAACUGAGGGCAAGGCCAAAGGGACGAGGGUGUUUGGCGGCGGUCACCUGGGCAAGUUGGCCGGGGAGUAUGUGUCCAUCAAGAGGAAGCAGUUGACGCCGACGCCGCAGGAGAUCAAUGACCGGUGGGCGCAGAGGAAGGGGUUCAAGAACUCUGACGAGAUGAGGGAGUCGAAGAACUGGAGGAAGGCGAUCAAAGAUGCGAAGGACGCUAAGAAGGCGGCUUCCGUCAACGGUGACGCCGAUGAAUAG